CUACAAAGCAAAUCUGAACCGAGGAUGCACUUGAGAAGCGCUUGUUCCUCACCGACAGCCUUUACUGCACCGGCAAGUACAAAACCAAGCAGCGCCGAGGAUGCACUUGAGAAGCGUUUUGUUCCUCACCUACAGCCUAUACUGCACCAGCAACUACAAAACAAAACUCAGGUCUUUGAUCCAGAAGUUCAAGCUGAUGGAAAAGGGCCACGCUGCUGCGAGCACCUCGGCUGACGGAGCAAAGCUUGACGACAAGGUGUUGCGAUCAUGUUGCCAGAACGCAAUUGCGAUUCGAGUGGUGUACACAUCUGACCCGUACAACCACCGCCUCAUGAAGCUGAUCGCCACGUUUGCCAAGCCGUUGAAGGAUUGGCAGGAGACCCAGAGUAAGACGCUCAGGAGCUCCCAGGAAUGCUGCGAAUGGACCGUGGGCCAAAUUAUUGGCGAUUACAUGGAGCACGCGAUCAAGAUCCUCACCUUGACCGGCGCCUCGUCGUCCACAGAGGCUUGCAGGGUCUGCGUUGAUGGCCUGGCCCUGGAGCCCGCCAUCCUCCUGGAGGUGGAAGAAGACUUCACCGACACGGCUGGUGUAUUGGCGCUGGGUUUGGCGACGCGGCGCGCUGCGAGGUCGCUCUGGCUCCUGGAGGGGUGGCGUCACAGAAUGGCCGGGGCGAUCAAGGACCAUACUUGGAGACAGCUGAUCGUGGGCGACUUCAGGCUGGACUACCACAUUUUCCAGGAACUCGGACGCCUGGGCGCUCGUCCGCCGCCUCUGCAGAAGAUGUUCAAGAGAAGCGUGUUCCAGCUCACGCCGGUUGCCCAGUGCAGGAUCGGGUUGGAACGCUCCGAUUGGAAGGCCACCCUCCCUUGCAUUAACCUCGUGGAGUCGCAUCACCAGGGCAUUGCGUCUGCGUUACUGUCGGAGGAAAAGUUCGGCAUCAUGAAGAACAGGAGGGUCCUCAAGGGCGCCGAGUUGCACGGCAAGCCCGAGGUCGCGAUGGCCAAGCGUCUGGAGGCGCAGGUGGGCAACGACAGGAAUCGCUACACGGCAGCGCAGUAUGACGUUUCCCCUGUACCAGCGACCGUGCGGAUACCGAAGGACAUGCUCGAGUGCAGCUUAAAAUCUGCUUCCAUCCAGGUGAAGGACACUCCCAGCAAGAAGCCGGCUCCGGAAUGGCAUUCCCCUGGGGCACCUAACAUCAGCACCAACGUGGCCGACCUGUUCGCGCUGAGGCAUGCGCAUUCGAGAGGCGACCUCAAGGAGUGCGAGACCGCGUGGCUUGGCGCUUUGCCGAGCCACAAACAGAAAUUGCUGGUCAAAGCGAGAGUUGGGCACGAGGAUCGCUAUUUCAUCGGGGGCUUGCACUUCGAAGCGUCUGCGUGCCUGGUGUGGCCAGUGCAGAAGGUGGAAGCGCCCGCAAGCGGCGGGGCAAAGGGGUGGUACGACGUGGACGCUACAUUUGGCGAGGCCAGAUAUGUUCACAGUAACGACUUUGUACGGUCGAGUGGUCUCUGCCAUUCAGUUCCAGUGGCGCUCCUGGACGUGGCAGCAGAUGAACUGCUCCAACGCCGCUGCUACGUGGGACCCCGCCUGGCGCAUCAUCACCAGCGCCGACGCUGAGUUCAAGGCUCUCCAUGUGGUGGCGGCCGAGCGUGCGUUUUGGAAGCUGGCCAAGGCCGUCUUCCUCGACUUCGCCGAUCACCUGCACAUCGACGCCCCCCCGGGUUCGACCCUUUGCGGCGUGCUGAUGGCCAUGGUGAAGGACAUCCCCAAGGUCGACGACAGGCGCGCCAUCGAGAUAUUGAGGGCGAGGCUUGUCAACAUGAGGAAUGCGAAUGACUUCAACGAGGAGCUGCUUCAAAUUGAUGACGCCAUAGACUUUUUCGAAAAGCACGACGUGAAACAGGUCAAGCAGGAAAUGGACAAGGCGCUGGCGUGCGAGGGCGAGGCCGAGGAGUUCGCCAUCUCGCACAGGAAGGUCGUUGUCGAGGAGCGCGAGAAGGAGGAGAAGGAGGGCGCAAUGAAGACUGAUAAGAAGAAGCCCGACCCUCUACAGGACAUCCUUGGCAGUAUACCGCACGCCGAGACAAGCAUUACGCGCCGCCUGGCGGGUACGUUGGGCGCGGCUUGGAGCAGAGGACCUGGAACGGCCACCUGCAGAACACGGGGUGCAGGCGGAUCCGGCGCUCGUGGGGCGCCUACGCCGAGAGGACCGUGUCGCUCAAGAUGGUCCUGGGCACGUUGUGGGCGCAGUACAUCGAAUACCAUGGCCUGGACAAUUCAGCGUGCUCCUGGAAGCACCUGCUCGAUUGGGCGCAUUUGCGCGCGUGGAGCGCGCCCGGUGUCGGGGCACGCUGCGGGCCACGAGGGAAGAGGGAUGAUGGAGGACCUUAGCUGAGUGCACCAAGUCGUGCCCCAGCAAUUCAGGUGCAGUGGCGUUUCUUUCUCUCCUCUACCCCCUCGUCCUUCCCUCCUCUGUCCCAUUAUCCUCCGUAGCUUCCUCGUAGAGCAUAGCGCAAGCUCUGCAAGGCACUGUCUUUGGAGUUGCGGUGCCCGGGGCCCGUCGUCGUGGGAGUCGACGCUCCGUUUGAUUUAGCCGGUGCCGCUGCACGCGCCCUAAAGCCCAGAGUUGCGACCUUUGUUCCAGCAGUGCCGGGGG